UAUUAAUUGGUUGGUUAUAUAUGUCUUUAUAUCGAAUGACAUGAAGAAACAGUAUCCCAUUGAAGUACAGAAAUAGGAAUUAACAAUUGUUUAAUUCCAUAGAGUUGAAAAUUGUUUUAUUACGUUAACAUUUCAGUAAUCUACGUGGCAUAAAGACUAGAAGAAUCUUUGUGAAAUUUUCGUUACCUUCAAUUCAACUCCAAGAUGUCAGACGAUGAACAAAGUCCUCAGCCAUCCCCAGCAUUCAUUCCCAAUGAUGAUGGUAAAUCUGAGGCAAAAAUCCGUAUGGAAAUGGAAGCUAAGCGUAGAAAAGAGAGAGCUGAAGAAGAAUGGAGAGAAUAUGAAGAAUUUCGUAGAGGUGAACGAGAAAAAGAAGAAGAAGAGAUACGUCAGUUAAGAGAACGUAGAGAACGACGAAAAAUGGAACGUGAAGAAGAAGAAAAACGAUUAGCAGAAUUACGUCAAAUUGAAGAUCAGAAAAGGCGAGCUGAAGAAGAAGAAAGACAAAGAAAAAAGCGUGAAGAAGAACAACGUAAAAGAGAAGAACGAGAACGUAAAAAGAAGGAGUGGGAAGAGCGUAAAAAUGCUAAUCGACCAAAUUUCGUUAUCACAAAGAAAGAGCCAGGUGUUCUAGAAACACAAGAAGAGAAGAAAGAAGAGGUUACAAAGUCAAAAGAACAAUUGGAAGCUGAAAAGAAAGCAAUAUUAGAACAACGUAUUCAACCAUUAAAUAUUAAUGGUUUCAAUGCUGAUCAAUUGAAAGUAAAAGCUAAGGAAUUACAUGAUCUUAUUUGUCGAUUGGAAGGUGAUAUUUAUGAUCUAUCUCAACGUUUCACACGACAAAGUUAUGAUAUGCAAGAAUUAGCAGAACGUGCACGUCAAAUAAACAAAGGAGGCAAAGCGAAGGCUAUUGCGAAUGCACCGGAUCCAUUAGCUGCUAAAUUCAGUGGUAUUCCGCCUAUGGUCGUUAUGUAUAGUCAGUACGAACGUGUCAAAGAUCCACGAUCAUUUAAAGAUCGACGUACUGUCUUCUCCGGCGCUAAUUAUACAGACGAAUACCAACGUAUCCCACCUUCACACGCAGUCGUCAUGACAGAAGAAGGCUUCCAAGUAGUCGGUGGCGCUGAUGGUGGACACUCAGCUCCAGCUCCCGCUGCUGAAGUUGGAGCGGAGUAAAUGACUCUACAAGCAACAAUAGUCUUGUUAUGACUACAAUCAUUAUUAACACAUUGACCAACAGUCAUUUUCAGUUUCUUUGCAUUUCACUUUCUGCUCUGGUUUCUUUCCCACUGCCAUCACAUUUACUCCCAAUGUCCGAAUCUCUCAUUUUUAUGUCACAAUGAAAAAAUUUCGUUUAUCUUAUUGUUUUCUGAGCUUGUAACAGGCUAAAUUAUGCUCUUGCUUUCCCGCCUUUUCUAUGAAUUUCGAAAUGUAUGAGUUAUCAUUGAUGCCUACUUCCUCACCUUUUUCUGCAACAUGUAUCCAACUAUAUUAUUUUUAACUAAUAAGUUGUCUACAGAUGUGUUCAACUUAUUGUUGAUCGAUCAUGCCAUCAUGGAACAUACUAACCUUCAGAGCGAAAUUGUUCGACCUAAAAACCAACCCUAACCUUACUAGACUGUGUAGCUUAUUAUCAUUGUUGUUAUGAUUUCCCAUCUAAUGUCGAAUAAUAUCUCCUUACUUAAUAAAUGAUUUUGUUUUAUCUUACUGGUUUAUUUACUGAUGUAAACUAAUUUGGCAAUAUUGUUAAUCAUAAACGUUACUGAAGG